CAAUCAUGCCGGUUCGACUCUCGAAGCAUAAGACCAGCAAUCCCCCAUCGUCAAGAAGUUCGGGUUCAAGCCGCGGCAGGUUCCAGACCUCUCAGUCCUAAGCAGGCCUUUCCUCUCCAAUCCAACAUCACCAACCAUCCAAACGGCGGCUCAGUACGACGGGAUCAUCAUGACAGCCAUGACAGGAAGCAAGCCGGAGCAGCCCGACAGCCCGCCCAAACAGCUGCACAUAGGGGCCAUCAACCCCUUCGCACUGGUCGAGGCGCUCCUGGGCCGCAAGCUCGACUGGGACAAGACAUCGACGGGCUAUCUGCUAGCUAGCAUCCUGCAGACCGACUACGAGGAGCUGUUCGACAUGCGCUUCCACUCCAUCCUGUACGCCGGCAUCCGCCUCAACGACCGCGGCGACAAGGCCGAGCCCAUUCCGGCCAAAGAGAUGCAUACGCUGACGGAGCGCGACCUCGUCACGCCCGACUUCUCCAAGGUCGAGAAGCUCGGCGAUCUCGGCAAGAUGGGCAUCAAGGAUCUCGAGAGCAUCCGGGUCAAGCAUGCCGCCAUGUCCAACGGCAACCUGCGCCUGACGCUGGAACCGCGGGCGGUCGGCAAGACGCUGCGCAACUCGGAGAUGACGACGACCCUGCGCGAGCUGUGCACCCCCUUCCGCAUCCACAAGGAGGCCGAAUGGACGCCGCCCAACGGCACCUGGACCGAUCUCGGGGCCUGCUACUCCCCGACCGCCGCCGCUUUCAGCAACCAGGUCCAGGGGGCCACCAGCAACAGUUGGCUGAUCGCGGCCCUGACGAGCGUCGCCUGGUCCGACCCGGCCACCAUCAAGCACUACGCCGGCCGCCCCGCCUCUUCGAACCACGCCUCGUGCUGUAGCCGCGGCGGCGGCGGCGGCGGCGGCGACGACGACGACGAUGUCGUGGCCGGCAGCGCCAGCGAAUGCCGACUCUCGAUCAAGUUCCACAGCAAGGGCGGCGACAAGGACGCGCCCACGCGCACCGUCACCGUCAACUGCGAGCUCCCGACCAACAAGUCGUCCUCGAUGCUCAUGUACUGCCGCCCCAGCUCCGUCAACGCCAUGCCGGUCUCGCGCGUCCGCGCCUGUGGAGGCGGCGAUCUCUGGCCCGCCCUCUACGAGAAGGCAUUUGCCCAAUGGAUCACCACCGCGACCACCGACGACGACGAUGACGACGAGGGCAUAGACGAAGACAGCCACGAUGGUCACGGUCUUCACCACGGCCAUCACGGCCAUCACGGCCACCACGGCCACCACCACGACCGCAGCGAGGAGGAGGAGGUGCGGCAGCAGCGGAAGCACCAGCGGCCGGACCUGACCCAGACGGCGCACGGGGACCCGGUCAAGGCGAUGGCGCAGCUGACGGGGCGGGAGGCGCAGUACUUCUUCACGGACUCGCGGACGGGGGCGGACCUGCUCGGGCUCGUGCGCGCGCACUGCGUCAACCAGCAGGCCGUGUACCCGGCCGUCGCCUGGACGCGCCCCUCGCACCCGGCCUUCCGCGGCUGCACCCUGGCCGGCAACGUCGCCUACAGCGUGCUCGGCUGGGCCGCGCCGCAGGAGCGCAAGCGCUACGUCAUCCUGCGCCACCCCUGGGGCGUGACCGAGCCCGAGGGCCUCGCCAGCGGCUACUACCCGGGCGUCGUCGGCGGCAGCGGCAGCGGCCUCGACGUCCGCUUCUGGCCGCCCGCCGCCAUGCUCGACAGCCGCGGCGUCUUUGCCGUCGAGGCCGCCGCCUUCAAGGAGUACUUUGCCGGGUUGGGCGUCGCAAAGUAA